CAAAGCAUGGGAGAGGAGCUUCAAUCGCUACCAUCUCUCACUAUCUAUCCUUAAGAGUAAAAUAAAUCUCAUUCUGAGCAACAAACCAAACCCACCAGUCACAUUUUUUUUUACUACGACAUAUUCAAAACUAGCCAUCUUUUCUGAGCUUCCUUUACUCUCGAUAAAGCUAAGGAAAUAUCGCAGAAGCAAGCGUUUCUCUCUGCAAACCAAGAGACAGUCCUAGUUCUUGAAUCACCACCUCUGUGGUUAAAAACACAAAAGGAAAAAUGGGAAAUCCGGCACAAAUUACUCUUCUGGCUUCCACUUUCUGCGCGAUGCUUACAAUGCAUUUCUCAGUACAGCUUCUCUCAGAACAUUUUUUCUACUGGAAGAAGCCAAAGGAGCAAAAAGCCAUCAUAAUCAUUAUACUUAUGGCGCCCUUAUAUGCUCUACAUUCUUUUGUGGGCUUGUUAGAUUUUCAGGGAAGCAAUGUUUUCUUUACUUUUUUGGACUCCAUCAAGGAGUGCUACGAGGCUUUGGUGAUAGCUAAUUUUUUGGGUUUGCUGUACAGCUACUUGAACAUAUCUAUAAGUAAAAACAUAGUGCCAGAUGAAAUCAAAGGACGGGAGAUUCACCAUUCAUUUCCCAUGACUCUUUUUCUGCCUCGCACUGUUCGUUUAAACCAUCAAACAUUGAAGCUUCUCAAGUACUGGACGUGGCAAUUUGUUGUGAUUCGCCCUGUGUGCUCCAUCUUGAUGAUAACACUUCAACUCCUUGGAGUAUAUCCCAGUUGGGUUAGCUGGACAUUCACAAUAAUUCUGAAUAUUUCAGUGACACUGGCUCUGUAUUCUCUUAUUGUUUUCUAUAAUGUGUUUGCUAAAGAGCUGGCACCACACAAACCUCUUGCUAAGUUCUUAUGUAUCAAAGGGAUUGUCUUCUUCUGCUUUUGGCAGGGAGUUGUUCUUGACAUACUUGCAGCAUUGAAAAUAAUUCGAUCUCAUCAUAUCUGGCUAGACGUGGAGCAUAUUGAGGAAGCUCUUCAAAACAUAUUGGUGUGUGUGGAGAUGGUUUUAUUUUCAGUUUUUCAGAAGUACGCGUACAGUGUUGAACCGUAUAGAGACGAUGGUAUACCAAAUAAGACAAGGGAAAAGAAGAAAGAAUGAUUUGGGGGCCAAGAGUGUGGUUCAGAAUGUUAUGUAAUGAUAUGUGUUCAAUUUUUCUAGCUGUUUUACGAGGAACAUUGGCAAAUAUAGCCAUCAUACUGAAGAGAUACAGAUAUGGUGCUAUUUGUACCUUAUUUA